ACUGAGCGAAAAUAGGGAGCUGCCUUCGUGAAAACUAGCGAGCUGGCUAAACAAGUAUCGGCGAUAUCGAGUUCGGCACGUAAAAUAACUUCACCGUCGACUGUCAUUACGGAUAAAUUCGAUUGGACAGUGGAAGAAUGAUUGUCGGAUAAGUGUCCACCACGACGAGUAUUUUGCCUUGUUUGUUGUCAGGCUCCGGUGAGCUAAAAGCAAGCGAUAGCUAGCUAGAUCUCUAGCUAGCCAGUCAGCUAGCUAUCAUGUUUGUGCAGGAGGAAAAGAUAUUUGGGAAGGUACUGAAGAUUCAUGUCUGUACCAUGGAAGGGACGGAGUGGUUGGAGGAGGUAACCGAGGAUACCACCGUUGAAAAACUCAAAGAGAAUUGCUUAAAACAUAGCGCGCACGGAAGUCUAGAGGACCCCAAGGCUGUGACCCAGCACAAGCUCAUCCAUGCCGCAUCAGAAAGGGUACUCACAGACACCAAAACCAUGGCGGAGGAGAACAUCAAAGAUAAAGAUGUUUUACUGUUGGUAAAGAGGAGGCCUCCUCCACCCCCUCCCAAGAUGUCAGACAUAUCAGCUGAAGAGAAGAAGAAGCAGGAGAACAAGGCUCCGGACAAAGAGGCCAUCCUGAAGGCCACCGCGGGACUGUCUACGCGAGACACUGAUCGCACGGUUUCACAGCACAACAUCAGGGAUUUUCAGACAGAACUCCGGAAGAUCCUUGUCUCACUUAUUGAAGUGGCACAGAAGUUGUUAGCCAUGAACCCGGAUGCAGUGGAACUCUUCAAGAAGGCCAACGCAAUGCUGGAUGAGGAUGAGGAAGACAGAGUGGACGAGACCGCUCUCCAGCAGCUCACGGAGAUGGGCUUCCCAGAGAGCCGGGCCAUCAAGGCAUUGCGUCUGAACCACAUGUCUGUCACCCAGGCCAUGGAGUGGCUGAUUGAGCAUGUGGACGACCCCACUGUAGACACGCCCCUGCCAGGUCAGGAUGCUGCCGGCGCAGCUGCUGCUACCCCCGAACCCUCCGUGGCUACUGCUGCUGCUGGCCCCCUCCAGAGGGUCCCCUCCCAGUCCGACGACUCCAAGCCAGACGAGCUCACCGAGAUCUUCAAGAGGAUCCGCAGAAAAAGGGAGUUCAGGCCAGACUCACGGGCAGUGAUCGCGCUGAUGGAGAUGGGCUUCGAUGAGAAGGAGGUGAUCGAUGCCCUUCGCGUCAAUAACAACCAGCAGGAUGCUGCGUGUGAUUGGCUGCUGGGCGACAGGAAGCCCUCACCAGAGGACCUAGACAAGGGCAUUGACACAAACAGCCCCUUGUUCCAGGCAAUAUUAGAGAACCCUGUCGUGCAGCUGGGCCUGACAAACCCCAAAACUCUACUGGCCUUUGAGGACAUGCUGGAGAACCCACUCAAUAGCACUCAGUGGAUGAACGACCCUGAGACGGGUCCUGUUAUGCUCCAGAUCUCCAGAAUCUUCCAGACACUUAACCGCACGUAGGGUCUAGCACCCACUGGAGGAGUGGAGGAGCUACUCUCUGCCUCAGCUUAUAAGGGAAUGGUGUGUGUGCUUGUGACUCAAACCUCCUUUUGCCUUGCAGAGUUAGAGCUAGUGGAGGUGUGAGUGUGUGCGUGUGUGUGUACAGAAGUACUGAUAAAGGUCAA